AUGUCGAACGGUAAAGGCAAAGGCAAAGACGACGCCGGCACACCCCUCCCCGCCCCGCACGCAGGCAGCUCCGCCUCCCCAUCGUCCUCCUUCCCCGCCCUCGUCGCCUACCUCGACCCGGCGCUCGACCACAUCGUCCGCGCGCCGUCGGACGACCCCGAACGUGCUCCCGCCAUAGACUUCGCCUACUCCAUGGGCAUCCACACCGCCGUCUACAACUACUUCACCCAACAGUCGCAGGCGCUCGAGCACGUCGACCCGACGCUCCUCCCCGCCUCCUUGCGCGCACCCGCCCACGAUGACGACGACGAUCACCCGCGCUCCGACGCCCCCCUCAGCGGCUCCGACCUCUACUGCCACCUCGACGCCUACUUCACCGCGGCCGCGCGCGACCUCUACCUCGGCGCGCCGCAAGACGACGGCGCCGCGCUCGUACGCUACCUCGUCCCCGCCUUCACGCGCUACGCCGCCGGCGCGCGCGCCGUACACCGCCUGCUCAACUACGUCAACCGCCACUUCGUCAAACGCGCCGCGGACGAGGACCGCGGCUGGCUCCGGCUGGGCGACAUGCUCGACGCCGUCGUCGCCUCCGUCCGGCGGGACGACGCGAGCCGGGAGCGCAUCGCGCUCCUCGUCAAAGAGCGGCGGCUCGAGGAGCUCCAGCUCUGGGGCUACCCCGACGGCGGCGGCGGCUCGUCGGAGGAGUACGCCGCCGCGGAGGCGUGCGCGGAGGCCGCGAGCGCGCCCGACCGCGUCGUCCACAUCGCCGCCGCGGGCCUGCGCAGGUUCAGGACGGAGGUGCUCGAGCCGCUGCUCGCGAUCCCGAAGGCGAAGAAGAAGAAGAAGAAGCGGAAGCAGCCUGCGCAGGUCGGAGGCGCGCCGCCGGCGGACGGAGAGGCGGGUGGAUCAGGUGCUGCCGUGGCGAACGGGGCGCGCCCGCCGGGACCGAGGAGCAGGCUGGCGCGAGCGGUGAAGGAGGUUUUGGAGUCGGAGGACGUGGACGAUAGCGAGCGACGGCGGUUGGCGGAGGGAUUGGCGAGGAUGUUGAAGACCUCCGGCAUACGUCCGGAACACGCGCUACGCAGGAAAGUCGAGAAGUACUUAUCCUGCAGUACUUGAAGUGUCUUGCUUGAAGUUUGGACGAAACAGGCUCGUCCCAUGUCGUAGGUAAGCACGGCCCUGGAUGUUCAGGUCAUGCCGCAUACCAUCGUCCCCUUUGUCCCCAUGGAGUGAUAAUGGAUACCUUAUGACGCAUUAUUGAAUCCAAUGCACCCGUUUUCCAGGUUCAUACAUCUGUUGUUAGAUUCGCGUAUAACCUCAGAGCUGGUUUUCGGCGACCCUCCCGGGAAUGACCUUCGUGUCUGAUAAUCUGUUCUGUAUGCCAUAAGCGGUUGCUAUCGAAC